AAUUAAUACCGGUUCGAAUAUAAGAAACAUUUUAUUACACUGUAGAUGGAUGAAACUACUGUCUCUGUGUGUCUAGAAUGUACAUAUGUAGCACCUGGCACCUGUAUUCAUCUAUCCGUACGUCCGACGACGACGACAACGAUGACGGCGCUCAAGUUGGAUGGCAGAGAGCUGCUAGUCUUGGAGCAUUCUCUCCGUGUAUUACAGCAUUGGCUCUGGCAUUAGACGAAAAUUAUAAAAUAGCUGCCGUAAUGUAGGUAAUACCGCGUGUGGAAUAAAUUUAUCAAUUCACGUUUUUCCAUCUAUCCGUCCUUUCGUCCGUCCAUCCGCCACCGCCACCAUCGCCAUUCGUACAAUGUACGGUGCUUUCAGAUGCUGCUGGUGGCUGGAGCAGCUCCACAGAUACAGGAGAGGAGCAACGUGGAGGGCAUCGUGUGGAGGUAGAACAACAUACACGUUGUCGAAGGAGGAAAAAGGAGAGAGAUCUACGGACGAUGGUAUAGCCGGGGCCUACGAUGACGUUUACAUUACGAAAAAAAAAAAAAGAAAGAAAAAAGUGAAAGGCAAUAGUCAUGCAGGUUGUGUGCUAUAUAUAUAUGGUUAUUAAAACAGGUCUCUUUUCAGUCUCGCUAUACAUACACUUUUACGUUAGACGGAAUUUUUAAAUAAAGUGAAACCAUCAUCCGUAUUCGCCGUUGAUCAUAUCGAGUUUUCCUGCCAUUCGGUCGAUAGUCGUAAAUUUUUUUCGUGUUUGAAAUCAUCCGCCAAUUUUCGAUGAAUUUUUAAAUCGUUUUUUGGUUCGUUUUUCUUUUCCACCCUCGACUUUGGGCAUUUUUUGAUUUCUGUUUUGCCGAAUCAUCGAAAACGAGCUCGCAGUGUCGUGAAUUGAAUUUUUUUUACACGUCAACACCUGAGAACCAGAAUGACGCUGGUUAAAAUGCAAACGAGGUUAUUAUGGCCUCUGGUUUUGCUAUAUGUUGUGAAUUGCGACGUUCCUGUCUUCAAUUCGGAUCCAGGAAGCGAAUGCGCUUUGUUUCUGGAAGGACCUGGACGUACGAGCUCGUUUGAUUUUAAUACGAAUACGAUCAGAGGAGGACCUCAUGGAUUGGGUAAAACGGGCCAAUGCAUCACGUACGAUGCGAUCAAUCAAGCUUACAUCGAAGCUAGAAAAAGAAUACAUGUACCUCCUCCUCCGAAAAAUGGCGAAUGGGAUGGAAAACAAAUUGCACCGAUCGGAGAGUUGUUAUUGGAUAUAUCGAUUCAGUUGACCAAAAAUUACGGUUUAACCUACGAAGAAGUAGAAAAAGGUUUACCUCGGAUUGACACAUCUCGCACGUUAAUCAGAGAAGUAUGCCCGGCGUUUUUAGCCAACGUAGAAUGUAAGCCUGGAAAAUACCGACGUUACGAUGGUCUUUGUAAUAACGUCAAUCACCCUACCUGGGGUGCUACUCAUACACCUUUCCAAAGGUUGGUCAGUCCGUUGUUCUCCGAUGGUAUGAGUUCGCCUCGUAUUAGCAAUGCAGGUACGUCAUUACCGCCGGCCAGAGUCGUGUCGAGAACUAUGCAUCCGGAUGAAGGAUACCACGAACAUGCAGCUACCAUUAUGAUUAUCGCUUUCGGACAAUUCAUGGAUCAUGAUUUCACGCUUAUGGGAACCCCUCUCGAUCCGGUGAAUAGAAACGAGCCUGAAGAAUGCUGUAAUCGUCCACCUCAUUUAAAAAAUCCAUAUUGCAUGGAAAUUCCGGUUCCCGAAGAUGAUUACUUUUACAGAAAAUACAAAGUUAAAUGUCUCGAUUUUGUCAGAGCGUUCCCCAGCGUCAGACCUGGAUGUAAAUUAGGAUCUCGUUUACCAUUUAACACAUUAACCGGUGUAAUUGACGCUAAUACCGUUUACGGAGUUAAAGAAAGUUUCGCGAGAUUUUUACGUUCCGGAUUCGGAGGUCAACUCAGAAUGAACCCGGCGUUCAGUGAAUACGGCCUGAAGGAAAUGUUACCUUUGAAAUUAGAUGUGCCAGAUGAAGGAUGUACUCGUACCAACAGAUCUCAAUUCUGUUUCGAUGCCGGUGAAAUUCGAGUCAACGAGCAACUUAUUUUGACAACAAUGCAUACGUUGUGGGCUCGCGAACAUAACCGAGUGGCUUCAAAAUUAGCUGAAGUUAAUCCUCAUUGGGACGAUGAAACUCUUUAUCAAGAAGCCAGACGUAUUAUUAUCGCUGAAAUUCAACAUAUAGCCUAUAACGAAUUUUUGCCUAUACUUUUGGGUAAAGAAAUCAUGGAAAAAUUCGGACUAGUGCUUCAAAAAGAAGGUUAUUGGGACGGUUACGACCCGGAAGUAAAUCCAUCGGUUAUUGACGCCUUUUCUGCAGCUGCUUUCCGUUUUGGACACACGUUGCUUCCUACCGCUGUGGAAAGAUGGAGCAAAGCUCAUAAAUUUAUUGCCUCGAAAAGAUUAUCGAAUUUGAUCAGAAGACCCUUCGAUUUGUACAGAGCUGGUGUAUUUGACGAAUACGUGAUGGGAUUAUUGAACCAAGUCGCUCAAGCUAUGGAUGACUCGGUCACUCAAGAAGUAACUAAUAAUUUAUUCAAAAAAGUCGGUCAACAUCACGGUUUAGAUUUAGUCGCUUUUAAUAUCCAAAGAGGACGUGAUUUCGGUCUACCUGGCUACAUGGAGUUCAGAAAAUUCUGCGGAUUACCCGAAGCUGACUCAUUCGACGGAAUGUUCGGUGCCAUGCCCAACUCGACGGUGAAUCGAUACUCGUCUAUUUACUCGAGUACUUGGGAUAUUGACGUAUGGUCUGGAGGCGUAUCAGAACGUCCAUUACCUGGCAGCAUGGCUGGACCUACUUUCGCUUGCAUUAUCGCCACACAAUUCAGUUAUGCAAGACGUGGUGACAGAUUCUGGUACGAGUUACCAAAUCAGCCGUCUUCUUUCAGUCCUGAACAAUUACAAGAAAUCAGAAAAGCACGAUUAGCUCGUGUAGUUUGUGAUAAUACCGAUUUAAUCGAUACCGUCCAGCUGUGGCCUAUUGUGUUACCUGAUCACGAAAUAAAUCCACGAGUUCCCUGCAAAAGUGGCGUCAUUCCGAGCAUAGACUUUUCAAAAUGGGCCGAUUUCAGCGGACUACCCACAGGAAACCUGGCCUUUAGUCAUCAAACCAUCGCUAAAAAAUAAUCUACCUACCUAUUAAAUUAAAAUUUAAAAUAACGAUGCAAAUGCAAUUAUCUCGUUACCCCCUCCCCCCUCCCCUCCUCUCCUUGUUCACUAUUGUGCCAACUUUUUUCUCGUUAUUCAAAAUAUUAUGUGCUGUAUAGUUUUGUAUCUUUAAUUUUAAAACGUACCCCGAUGAAAGAUCCGGUUCUAGAUUUUAAGCUCUUUAUUUAAUCAAAUGUUUAUUGACGACAUGGAUAUGUUAUUUUUUUGGGCCGGGGGUCCAUUUUUGUUGUUAUUUUCUUCUAAUGUUUUUUUCUCUCGACAAAUGAUUCGUUGGCAUUUUUAUGAUUAUCGUAUUUAGAAUUUAAGAAGUUUUUUUUUCUCUAUUAUGUAAGUGUAGUGUGUUGUGAUUAUUUUGUAGGCUGGUGUUUUUUUUUCUCUUUAGAUUUUAAGCGAAGACGCCAUUCCGUCCUUUAGAUUUUUAAGUUCGCACUGUUCACUAAAGAAGAAAAAAAGUGGGAAAGAUUGUGAGAAUCUUUCCUAUAGACGGGUAUCUCGUUCCAUUGUUACGAUUUUUCUCGUUUUUUGAAUUAUUGUUUAUAAGGUGAAAAAAAAUUUCAGGAGUUAAUUUGGAGAAUUUUUUUUUCGUGUGUGUGUGAUUUGAAUGGAAAAAGCGAAUAAAUUAAAAUUUUUAUAUGAAAGUUUCAGUCGGAUUAUUUCUCACUGUGGAUAGAAUCUCGCGUGAAAAAAAUAGUCGUAAAUAUGGAAAACGUUCAUACUAAGUUAUUAUUGUACGAUUAUUGUGAACUUUCAUUAAUAUGUAACGUGUUAUGAAGCAUUAAAUGCGAUGUAUUUGUAAAUGUAGUGUGUAAUUAAACUAAUGAGCAUUGAGAAA